AUGGAGAAACUUUGGAAAUGUAUGGAUUGUGGGAAAGAAUUCAAAUGUCCAUCUGAUUUGGAAAUUCAUCGAUGCAAUCACACCGGGGAGAGGCCAUUCACUUGUUCUGAAUCUGGAAACGGAUUCACUUGGUCAUCACACCCGCUGUCACAUCAACGUGUUCACACAGACAAGAGACCUUUUAAAUGUUCAAACUACAGGAAGUUCUAUAAAAGUUCCAGGAAACUGAUGCUUCAUCAAUACAUUCACUCUGAUGACCUCACUUUCCACCAACGAGUUCACACUGAGGAGAGGCCAGUCUCCUGUCCUAAGUGUGGGAAGAGAUUUACCACAUCAUCCAGGCUUUGGAUGCACUGGCGACUUCAUUCUGCAAAGAAACAAUUCACCUGCCCUGAUUGUGAAAAGGGAUUCACUAACACAUCUGAGCUGCUAAUACACCAGCGAGUUCACAACAGGGAGAGACCAUUCCCUUGCCCCGAAUGUAGGAAAGGAUUUGCUCAGUAA